CUUAGGCAAGGGGCUGAUGGCACCCAGGGAGAUGACACAUUGAAGCUAAAGACUCUUGUUUCAGACUGGGUUAAUCUUGCAUUCAAGCCAACUCCCCCAGUCAAUCCCGAUGACAAACAUUGCCAUGGAUUCAUCAAUGAUGCAUGUGGCAGAUUACUAUGCCCGACUGAACUUGACUGGAACAACCCAGUGUAUGUAGCAGACUUGCAUCUUUCACAACUCUUACUUUUUACUAACCUUUCUUUCCCAGUGUUUUUGUAUGAAAAAUACACUGCCAAACCUGAUGAUUUGGAGGAAGGUAUCUUUAAGGGAAAAAUUUUGCUGCAGGCCUACAAAGCUGUCUUUACAUCCCCAUCCUCUGCAAAAGACAUCGAGUGUGAUGGCAAUGACACGGAUACAGCAUUCUUGACAAUCAAAGUGAAAAAACAUGUCGCACAAAUUAUCAAGAUGGAUAAAGUCACUGCUUGCUCAAUUGCGUACAUCGCUUGUCAAGUGCAAUUUGCACUUUCAUCUGUUACCUCAUGGCACUCAAUCAAUGGUGACUUUGACUACACCCAAUUC